GAAGGAGGUGGGUGGGAAUUGGAACCAUGUGCUCCAAAAUAAAUUCACGUACCAACCGCAAAAAAUCUCCAACUGCAAAACUAAAUUCUUACCAAAACAACAAAAGCUUUGGCAUAUUCCAAAGAUGAAUAUAAAGGCAGAGCUUGGCAAGAGUGUGAGGAAUAUAUUCACCAGCUCUGUUUGACAUCAUGGCAAUCUCACAAGGCGGAGCACAUAUCUUGAUCUUCCCUUAUCCUUCACAGGGGCACAUGAUUCCCCUCUUAGACCUCACUCACCAACUCGCUCUCCGCAACUUAACCAUCACAAUUCUUGUGACCCCCAAGAAUCUCCACUAUCUGAAUCCACUGCUCAUCAAACACCCAUCUAUUCAGCCCCUUGUUCUGCCUUUUCCACCCACCACUUUGAUUCCUCAUGGCGUCGAAAACGUCCGUGACCUUCCCCCCAGUGGCUUUAUACCGAUGACGGUGGCUUUAUCUGAUCUUUACGAUCCCAUACUUAACUGGUUUCGAAACCAUCCUUCUCCGCCACUUGCUAUUGUGUCUGAUAUGUUUCUCGGCUGGACCAACCGGCUCGCUACAGAGUUGAAGAUUUCUCGCUAUGUUUUCUCGCCUUCUGCUGUUUUGGCUUUGUCGGUUUCUUGUAAUGUAUGGCGUCAUAUGCCUAAAAGAAAUGAUCCGACGGAUGAGAAUGAAGUAAUCACUUUUAGUGAUAUUCCGAAUUUCCCAUCUCACCCUUGGUGGAAUCUAACGCCGAUGUUUAGAAGUUAUGCCCAAGGAGGCCCACACUCCGAGGUUAUUAGAGCUUCGAGUCAAGGGAAUUUAGCAAGUUGUGGAUUCAUUUUUAACUCGUUUACCGAGUUAGAGCGGGUUUAUUUAGACUACAUGAAAAAGUUUUUGGGUCAUGAUCGGGUCUGGGCGGUUGGACCGUUGCUCCCUUCAGAAGAAGAACGAGUAGGAAGAGGUGGAUCUAAUGAAAUUUUGGCUGGUGAGAUCAAAUUAUGGCUUGAUCAAUUUGAAGACGCCACGGUUGUGUAUGUGUGUUUUGGGAGCCAAGCCGUGUUGACAAAUAAGCAAAUGGAAAUGCUGGCAUUAGGAUUGGAAAAGAGUGGGGCCAGGUUUCUCUGGUCUUGCAAAGAACCUACCAAGGGACACCAGGUAGGAGAAUAUGGCAUGAUUCCAUUAGGCUUCGAAGAUCGCGUAUCUGGUAGGGGACUUAUUGUCAGAGGCUGGGCACCUCAGGUCGCUAUAUUGAGUCACCCAGCCGUGGGAGCUUUUCUAACUCAUUGUGGCUGGAAUUCGGUGCUGGAGUCAAUUGCAGCGGGAGUGCCCAUGUUGACUUGGCCAAUGAUGGCUGAUCAGUUUUAUGAUGCUGACUUGUUAGACGAGCUUAAGGUGGGAACCAGAGUCUGCGAGGGAGAAAGAACAGUUCCUGAUUCGGACAAGUUGGCUCGAUUGGUCGCCAGCUCUGUGAGUGAUGAAAACGGAGCUCCAAUAGCAAGGGCCAAGGUGUUGAGUAAAGCAGCACAAGAGAGUACACAGAAAGAUGGAACUUCUUAUAGAGCUGUGGAUGAUUUAGUCGAUCAUUUGUCUAAACCUAAAGGACUCUGAAGCAAACUAUCCCAUAACCUAAAACAUUAAUAAAAGAAGGGAAGAUUAUUUAUUUAUUUA